AUGGUGACGGAGCGAAAGCCUCGAUGGUCGAUUGAGCAGGUCUGCGCGAGGUUCCCAGAGGGCUGCGCGGGGUCGGUUCUUCGGCGCUGUCAUGGCGGGUGUGCUGAAGAAGACCACUGGCCUCGUGGGAUUGGCUGUGUGUGAGAGUCCACACGAGAGGCUCAGAAUAUUGUACACAAAGAUUCUUGAUGUUCUGGAGCAAAUCCCUAAAAAUGCAGCGUAUAGAAAAUAUACAGAGCAGAUUACAAAUGAGAAACUGGGAAUGGUUAAAGCGGAAUCAGAUGUUAAAAAAUUAGAAGAGCAACUUCAGCAUGGCCAAAUAGAAGAGGUGAUUCUUCAGGCUGAAAAUGAACUAAGUCUGGCAAGAAAAAUGCUGCAGUGGAAACCAUGGGAGCCAUUAAUAGAAGAACCUCCUGCCAACCAGUGGAAAUGGCCAAUAUAAUCAUUACAUGUAUUCUGUGGGCUGAUGGGAAACUGAUUUAAUUAAGUGUUCUGUUAUUUUUAAAAUGUUUCCAUGUGUUGACAUAAUCAAGAAAACUGACAUAGGACACAUUGAAGAGACUAGUGUUUAUGGUAAUAGGGUCGUAUGAAUCAGUUUUUGAUAAGCAGAGUAUUUGUGCAGAUUAUUUCAAAGAUGGAAUUUCUUUAAACAGAAAGUUUGAGGGAAGAUUUGAAAGUUAAUUAGAAAAAUUCCUAUAGAUCUUUAUUUCAGAGGUCAAAAUCAAAAGUUUCAGUAUCUUUAGUAUGUUACUUAAUUUCAUUUCAUUAUCCUGAUAAAAAGAAAAAGCACUUUAUUAUUACUGUCUAAACAAAUUUACUGGUCACCAUUUGAGAUGAAGUAGUAAGCAUGAAAAUGUUUAGUUUUGAGAAUAAUGGCAAAAAUAGUUCGUGAUAAAAUUUUAAAUUGUUGACCUCCUUGGCUGUGAUCUUAUGUAUAAAGGAAAACUUAAAUAUAUGAUUCUGUAAUGACUAUCAAAUCCAUUAUAAAUGUCAUUUUAUUUUA